AUGAUUGUCUAUCACAUUGGGACACCUAGGAUCAUGUUCCUCGGCGCUCUCAAGCUGACAACCAUCUUCGUUUUCGGCUUCUUCGCCGUGGUCGUCAUACCCGGAUAUGUAUCUGCAGACUUGCCGCUCUGGCAGACCGCUGGACUGGCCGUCGCCAGCACCAUUCCCUUCCUGGCAGUCUGGUAUCUCACUUCCCCCAUGGUGGUAUGGAUUCACAUGCGCGUCCCUGACAAGUACCGCCGGUCGAAACAUGUCAUGGACUUGUUUCUCGAAGCCCCGCCCGCUGACGCUGAGGUGACCAUCACCAACAUGGGCGCCAUCUUCAAGCCACGGGUCAGCCAGGUCAAGAUCUCGGACCUGAAGCCUGAGCGGAAGCGAUUCGGGCUGGUGAAUUACACGCGUGACACUACCCAGGAGAACUCUCAGCGAAAGUGGUGGAUGUUCAGGGCAAUGGGCGGCUUCAGAAUCGAGGAUGAGACCACCACGGGGGUCAAGACGAAGUGGGCAUGGGAGGCUGUGGCGAGGCAGAUCCGGCAGAGGGCAUUGAAGGAGAAGAAAGGCGGGACGGCAUGA